AAUAAAAUAUGCAGAAUUGUAGUACACCAUACAAGUGAAUGUUUUAUAUUAAAGCUUAAACUAUUUAAACUACACUACACAUGUUUAUUUAUUAUAAUAAUUGUACUAAUAAAAUAUUCUAAGUGAAACUAUUUCAAAGAGUUUUUGUGUUCCGUACUUAUGUACAAUUAAUUAUUUGUUAAGUGAAAUUAUAAGCCAAUUUCAACAUGGUUCGAAGUGGCCGCGAUCGCGAUAGGGAUCGCCGUAAGUCACAUAGUCGUUCUUUGAGUCCUGAACGUAAGCGGCGUAGGUCUCGUUCACGAAGCAGAGAUCGUUCAUCAAAAGUGUCUAAGAGGAAACGAAGCCGUAGUAGAGAGAGAGAAUCUAAAAGAGAACGCAGCAGAGAUAGGGAUCGGGACAGGGACAGAAAAAGAGAUAAAAGAGAUGACAAGAGUAAUGGAUCAAGUAGUAAGUCAAGAAAGAAGUCUCCUGAUAGAGAUAAAGACAAUGAAAGAUCUAAAUCAAAAGAGAAAACAAUAAAGUCAGAAGCUGAAUAUGACAUUGGAUCAGCCGAUAAGGAAGAGGAACAGAAUAGGCUAGAGGCUGAAAUGCAAAAGCGACGAGAGAGGAUUGAGAGAUGGCGAGCUGAGAGGAAACGGAAGGAGCUAGAAACUGCGAAAAAAGAAGUUCAGAAAGGCAGCCUUGUCACCAAUAUCCAAACUCCUACAGCAAAGAAGUGGUCUUUAGAAGAUGAUUCUGGUGAUGAAGGCGAAGAAGACAAAGAAGCUAAAGAGAAACUGAAGGCUGAAGCAAAAAAAGAGGAAGAAGAAGAAAUUGACCCCUUAGAUGCUUAUAUGCAAGAAGUACAGCAGGAAGUGCGAAAAGUUAACCAGAUUGACCAAGCUCGGGGUAUCAUGCCUUCACCAGACUCUGGUGUUGUUAUUCUAUCAGGAACAGCUAAGAAGGUCACUGAACAUAAAGACAAAGGAGAAUUAAUAGAACAAAACCAAGAUGGGUUAGAAUACUCAUCAGAAGAGGAAACUGAGGACAUAAAGGAUGCGGCUGCCAACCUGGCGUCUAAGCAACGGAAGGAUCUGGCAAAAGUUGACCACUCCGGCAUACAAUAUAUGCAGUUUAGGAAAGCAUUUUAUACAGAGGUAAGUGAAUUGGCUCGAAUGACACCAGAAGAUGUGGAAGCAUACAGGACAGAGUUGGAGGGGAUCAGAGUGAAGGGCAAGGGCUGUCCAAAACCUAUCAAGUCGUGGGCUCACUGUGGCAUCAGUAAGAAAGAGCUCGAUAUACUGAAGAAGCUUAACUUUGAGAAACCCACACCCAUUCAAGCACAGGCCAUACCCGCUAUCAUGUCAGGAAGAGAUCUAAUUGGUAUUGCAAAAACGGGGUCAGGCAAAACCUUAGCAUUCAUAUUGCCAAUGUUUCGACAUGUGCUUGACCAACCCCCAUUGGAAGACACUGAUGGGCCGAUAUCUCUCAUCAUGACACCCACAAGAGAACUGUGUAUGCAGAUCGGCAAGGAUAUCAGGAAGUUUGCUAAAUCUCUUGGCUUGAGGGUUGUGUGUGUUUAUGGAGGCACCGGGAUAUCAGAACAGAUAGCAGAAUUGAAGCGCGGUGCCGAAAUGAUAGUUUGUACUCCGGGUCGGAUGAUAGACAUGCUGGCAGCUAACAGUGGCCGGGUCACCAACCUCCGGAGAGUGACCUACAUCGUGCUGGAUGAGGCGGACCGAAUGUUUGACAUGGGAUUUGAACCACAGGUUAUGAAGAUAAUAGACAAUGUCCGCCCAGACCGACAGACUGUUAUGUUCAGUGCUACAUUCCCGCGGCAGAUGGAGGCACUCGCGAGGAGAAUCCUGCAGAAACCUAUCGAAGUGCAGGUGGGUGGCCGAAGCAUAGUAUGCAAAGAGGUUGAGCAACACGUCGCCGUGCUAGAAGAAGAUGCCAAGUUCUUCAAACUGUUGGAGCUGCUGGGCUUGUACAGUCACCUGGGCAGCAUCAUUGUGUUCGUGGACAAGCAGGAGAACGCUGACAGCCUGCUCAAAGACCUCAUGAAGGCUUCCUAUUCCUGUAUGAGCUUGCACGGAGGGAUUGAUCAAUUCGACAGGGACUCGACGAUCGUGGACUUCAAGUCGGGCAAGGUGAAGCUGCUGGUGGCCACGAGCGUGGCGGCGCGAGGGUUGGACGUCAAGCAGCUGGUGUUGGUCGUCAACUACGACUGUCCCAACCACUACGAGGACUACGUGCACAGAUGCGGUCGAACUGGUCGUGCUGGUAACAAGGGGUACGCAUGGACGUUCCUGACUCCGGAGCAGGGACGCUACGCCGGGGACGUCGUGAGGGCCAUGGAGCUGGCAGGAGCCGUGCCUCCCACAGACCUGAGGGACCUGUGGGAGAAGUACAAGGAGGCACAGGAGAAAGACGGCAAGAAGGUUCACACUGGGGGCGGUUUCAGUGGGAAAGGCUUCAAAUUUGACGAAUCAGAAGCUCAAGCGGCGUCAGAGAGAAAAAAGUACCAAAAGGCGGCCCUGGGUCUGCAGGAUUCUGACGAUGAAGACGUGGAGGGAGAUCUUGACCAACAGAUUGAGACUAUGCUUGCUGCUAAGAAGAUUGUCAAGGAAAUUAAGCCCGGGCCGGGUCCGCCGCCGGCCCCCGCGGGCUCCGAGCCCAAGCUGGAGCUGGCCCGGCGGCUGGCGUCACGUAUCAACCUGGCGCGGGGCUUCGGAGACCACCGCGGGGCCACGCAGCAGGCCGCUGAGGCCGUGCUCAAGGGAGCCACCACGGCCGAGCACACGCUCAUCACGGCCAAGACCGUGGCUGAACAACUGGCGGCCAAGUUGAACACGCGACUGAACUACCAGCCCCGGGAUGAGGCCAGCCUGGAAGUGGCGGAGGAGGUGUUCCGCAAGUACGAGACCGAGCUGGAGAUCAACGACUUCCCGCAGCAGGCUCGCUGGCGGGUCACCAGCAAGGAGGCCCUCGCACUUAUCAGCGAGUAUUCCGAGGCUGGCAUCACGGUCCGCGGGACGUACGUGACGCCGGGGAAGACUCCGCCAGAGGGAGAGAGGAAGCUCUACCUAGCCAUUGAGAGCUCUCAAGAACUGGCCGUGGCCAAGGCCAAGGCGGAGAUAACGCGCCUCAUCAAGGAAGAGUUGCUCAAGCUGCAGACCUCCGCUCACCACGUCAUCAACAAAUCUAGAUAUAAGGUCUUGUAAUUAUUAGUCAAUGCAAUAAAUUGAUGAUUCGUA